AAAAGGUCUCAGUGCCUUACGAAUAUUAAUCAAGAAUAGUUCUCCCAUUUUGCUCUGCUUUUAAUUUAGUCAGAAACAAUACAAAAAUCAUUAAUUCAUACUUGAUCAGAUAAGACAAUAAUGAAAUUCAAAUUAGAUGUUUUAUUGUGCUUUAGCAUCAUAUGUCUCAUACAAAUUAUACAUGUUCAAAGUGAUUGUAUAGUGAAAUAUCCCAAUAACACGGAAACAUCACCGAUUUAUAAGAAAAUAUUCGGUAAACAUAUGUUGGAAUUGCCAUAUAAUGGUAAAGAUAUACCGUUGAAUGAAGGUGAAACAAUCCAAGCUUUAUGUCGCACAAAUUUUAGUUCUGUUUCUUAUUAUAUUCAAAGACGUGAUCGUUACGGUUAUCAUUCACAGUAUAUUGAAGUUUUGGAGAACCAAACAACCAUUAAUUUAAAGUGUCAAAACAAUCAACUUUAUUUUAAUAAUAGCCUUUUGCAAGAAAAAAUCUUGGAGUGUGAAAAACUUAAUUGGAGCAUAUACGAUGCGAAUGAAACGUAUGAAUGGUGCGAUAGGAAUCAGAGUACUAAAACAUUUUUACUGGCAGUAAAAUCUAACCAAGAUCAUCAUAUAUUGGCUGGUAUUUGUUUUAAUCUGAAUAAAUGGUCAUUGCAAACAAUCGUAUAUAAUAUCAGCAAUACUGAGCAAAGAUUUAAUAUGGAAAUGCGGAGGGAUAUAACGAAAACCGAUUUGAAAUCAUAUAAGUCUUUGGGUGACGAUCUCUGGAAUUUAAAAACUACAAAAAAUUUUGAACUUCAGGAUAAUGAAUUACAACAACAAUUAACAGAUAUGAGUAAAACAAAUCCCUGGCUAAACUUGGCCAAUUAUGAAAUAUCACCUAUUGUCCAGGGUGUUUCAUAUGAAUAUUAUUUUAAUGAAUAUGUUAAUAUGUUAAAUACAAUAUGGUGGCGUAAUCUACGUUUGGGGAAUUGGAAACUAUUUAUGAACACUUUGGAAAAUUAUGCCUACAAUAAUAGUUUUCAAUUAUAUACGGGAACAUCGGGUGAAGUUAGGUUUCCUAGAAAGAAUUUAUUGGAUUAUGAUUUGCUGAAAAUUAAGAAUGGUUAUUUAAAUGCAACCGUACCUUCUUACAUCUGGACGUAUUUAACCUCAACCGAUAAUCAAAAUGAAGAUUUUAUUAUAGUCGCCUAUAAUUCACCCUAUGCAGAGUUUUUUACCCUUAACGAAGUUGUAUUCUGUCCCAAUAUCUGCUCUGAAAUUCCCUGGCUAAAUGAAAUUCAAUCAUCGUUUCAUUAUGCAACGGCUGGUGUUAUGUUCUGCUGUUCUACGGAAUUUAUCCGAAAGACAAAUUAUUUAACUGGAUUUCCCAUGGAUGUUUUAAUGACACGUGCCGCUAUUCGGAAAGCUUUAAAUAAAACUGAAAUUUUGAAUUCUACCGAAAGUUUAUCGAAUGCAACUGAGACAAAUCGAAUUCUUGAUGUUAGUAUUGAACAUCAAACUGAAAGUUUACUGAAUCUAAAAGUUUUAGAAGAAUCAUAAGAUUUUCUUAAGAAUCAAAAUAAAUAGAUUAAAAUAUUAUUAAUAAAUGUUAUUGUCUUAAACAGAUUCAGUUAA